GUAAAGCUGCUCCUCGUAUGACACUAUCGUGUUUUCAAAAAGUUGGAAUAUUUCGUCUGCGGCCUUAAUUAGUCGCUCCCUCACCAGGUCUUUCAACAUUUUGACGAAAUUGACGACGCUCAAUCACUAGUACCAUUGAUAUUACAGAUACUAUGAGGCUAGAUGGAUAGAGGAGUAGUCUGAAACCUGAACUUCGCCCUCCGAGGUGCAGAUGGCAGUAAAGAACCCUCCCCUUACUCCAUCUACCCGUUACCGCUGUUGACAAGCAUCAAAGAAGAGAGGGCCGCUGAAGUAUGAUCAUGCGUGAAUUGUCAGGAUGGGUACGCAAAUGAAAGACGUCUUCAUUAGCCCCGACGCCCCACACACGCUCCUGUUGGAUAAACAUGCAGACUACAUCGCUGCAUACGGCUCCAAAAAGGACGACUAUGAGUACACGCUGUCCGAAUACCUGCGCAUGAGCGGUAUCUACUGGGGUCUGACGGUGAUGGACCUGAUGGCUCAGCUGCCUCGCAUGAAUCGCCAGGAGAUCGUCGACUUCAUCACAGCAUGUCAGCAUGAAUGCGGUGGGGUCAGCGCCAGCAUCGGCCACGACCCCCAUCUGCUCUACACGCUCAGCGCUGUGCAGAUUUUGUGCUUGUACGACAGUGUGGACGCACUAGAUGUGGAUAAAGUGGUUGAGUACGUUAAAGGGUUGCAGCAGGACGACGGAUCCUUUGCGGGAGACAAAUGGGGAGAAAUCGACACAAGAUUUUCCUUCUGUGCAGUAGCCACACUUUCAUUAUUGGGCAAGAUGGAUGCCAUCGACGUGGACAAAGCCGUGGAAUUUGUGUUGUCCUGUAUGAACUUUGAUGGCGGUUUUGGAUGCAGGCCUGGCUCUGAAUCUCACGCCGGUCAGAUUUACUGCUGCACGGGCUUCCUGUCGCUGACGGGCCAACUGCACCAGCUCAACGCCGACCUGCUGGGUUGGUGGCUCUGCGAGAGGCAGCUGCCAUCUGGGGGCCUCAACGGGCGGCCUGAAAAGCUUCCGGACGUCUGCUACUCUUGGUGGGUUCUGGCUUCGCUCCGGAUUAUAGGCAAGAUCCACUGGAUCGACAAGGACAAGCUGCGCUCCUUUAUCCUGGCCUGCCAGGACGAGGAGACAGGGGGCUUCGCUGACCGACCGGGAGACAUGGUGGACCCCUUCCAUACCCUGUUUGGAAUCGCUGGCCUCUCCCUUCUGGGGGAUGACAAGAUCAAAGCAGUGAAUCCUGUACUGUGCAUGCCCGAGGACGUGCUGCAGAGGCUCGGCCUUAAGCCGGAGCUUCUUAGCUAGCCCCCCUCCAAGACACGUGGAGGUUAUUUUCAUUGAACAUUCCUGUACGUGUUGACUUAAUCCUACUCUGAUGAUUACAAUCGGAGAAAACUUACCAUGAAACAAUAAUAUACACUAUUCGGACCCCAGUUUACAUCACUGAAACGCCUGAUUUAUUUGGAUUAAAUGGUUACUACAAUAAUGAAA